GUUGUAAGGUAGCCUAUGACCUUUACGUCAAUAUAUGGAGGAUGGGAAGACUGCUUCAGCUACUGAUAUUGGCUUUGAUACUAUUGAUCUGCAUUUAUCUUUUAUUUGUAUGUCAAUUCAACCAGUGCCUACUGAAUGUGUCACCAUCCAAUCAUCUCAAAUACAACCACACUAGCUUCCCAAGUCAUUGUAGUGGAAUCACCAACAGGACAUUUACACCAACCAAUGACUCCUUAAUAAGUAAAGAGGAAUGGGAAUCUCUGCUCACAGAGCUACAAUGGUCAUUACCGCCUGUUGUCCUCUUAUCCACAGAUGAGGCCACAAACCCCACUAAGUGCUCAUUCUCUGUUGUCAACCCCAAUUCAAACCACACAGUUGGAGGGUUUAUAGAUGUGAUUUUGAUAGCUAGAGAUACUAAAAACAGGAUCAAAACCUAUGGAGGGGACUUUUUUCAGGCCAAGUUGUUUAACUCAGAACUUAAGGCCAGUACUUAUGGAGCUGUAACAGACCACUUUAAUGGCACCUACACUGCCCGCUUGGCCCUGCAUUGGCCCGGACCUGCCAAGGUGUCCAUCCGGCUAGUGCACUCCAGCGAGGCCGUGCAGGUACUGUGUAGGCAAAGAGAACAGGACCCAGAUAAGGUCUACUUCCAAGGCUACUUUGAGGAGGGUGGCAAGCAGGAAACGGCGAUGUGCAAUGCCCAGAGAAGUCCUAGGCUGGUGGGGAACGAGUCACAGUGUUGCUGUGAGUACAGAGAGCCAGUCACUGGGGAGACCUGGUUCUGUCGUCGGCCAUCUUCCCUGCCUUGCCAUGCUUUGACCUACCACAGCAUGGGCGGUUACCAGGCAGUACUCUCCAAGGUGGAGACGACCCUUCUUAAGAGUUCCACAAACAUUAUUGUACCAGGUGACGAUUCAGCUAUCGAUGUCCAGCAACAGGACAAUGAAAUCCGAUCACAAACAAAAUGCCGUCCUGGUUUGCACACCUCAGUACCAGCUGGAUUCUACCUCCAGGAUCACUGGACAUCCCUGGUGUGUGACUCAAAAUCCUUCCCCUCAGCUAAACUGAUAUCUGGAUGCCUGAAGGACAAACAGAUCCUUAUGAUGGGUGACUCCACUCUCCGUCAGUGGUUCGACUACCUGGAGGAAACUGUGCCAACAUUGAAACGCCUGAACCUUCACACAUCAAGCAAAUCGGGCCCCUUUGAGGCAGUCGACACCCAGUAUAACACCCGUAUCAUCUGGCGGGCCCAUGGGAUACCUAUACGGACAAGCAAGACCCCCUGGGCUGACCUACACUACAUCGCCAGGGAGGUGGAGGGUUUGGCAGGGGGUGCACACUCUGUAGUCGUCUUCACCAUCUGGGCUCAUUUCACCACGUACCCACUGGCUAUGUACGCACACCGUCUGGUCGUCAUCCGUAGGGCUGUGGCGUCGCUCCUAAGACGAUCUCCCACUACUCUGGUGGUGAUCAAGUCAGCCAACACGGGCUACAAGGAUGUGUACGGCAGCGACUGGCUCUCCUGGCAGCUCGACAUGGCACUCAGGGAAAUAUUCAGGGACUUGCCUCUGGUCCUCAUUGACGUUUGGCAGAUGACUUCCUGCCACUAUUCUCCGGACAACAUUCACCCGCCCUCUGUGGUGAUCCAAAAUGAAGUGGAUCUCUUCCUGUCCUUUGUUUGUCCGCAGUGAAAAAUGUUGUAUUCAUGCCUGUAAUAACAUUGUGCCUUACUGUAUACAAAAUGCUGUCUCCGAAAGGAAUCUACAGUAUAUGGGAAAAGGGAUUUUAAUGUUAGGAAGAUAAUUCCUUUAAAAACGGUUUGCCAUAUUCAAAAUGAAUGUAAAGCUUGUCUAAGUUGCCUUAUUUUAAAAUAAAAACUAUUUUACCUAUGAAAACUUUUCAAAACUAUGGCAAACCACAGAGCUCAAUGUUUUCUUUACAACCAAAAUCCCCU